AUGAAUCAUAAUGGCAAUCCUAUAUUUUGUAUGGACUCUCAUCCUAAAGAACCUUUAGUAGCAACUGGUGGUGGUGAUGGUAAAAUUAAAAUUUGGAAUGUUAGAAGUUUAUAUGAAGAUAAUGUAGAAGAUAUUCCUAAAUUACAAGCAGUUAUUACAUUAGCACAUAAUGUUAAUUGUUUAAGAUGGUCAAAAGAUGGAAAAUUAUUAGCAUGUGGUUGUGAUGAUUCAUCUGUUACGAUUUAUAAAUUAUCUAAAGUAAUGGAUGAAGGUGCAUUUGUCAAUGAAACAUUAAUAUUUAGAGAAUACGAAUUAGUAUUUAUAUUACGUGGACAUAAUGAUUCUGUUACAGACCUUUCAUUUUCAUAUGAUGGAAAACAACUUGCCACAGCAUCUUUGGAUUGUAAAGUUAUUUUAUGGGAUAUAAUAACUGGAAAACAAAUUGGAGUAUUGGACCAUUCAUUACCUGUUUAUGGAGUUGCUUUUGAUCCAUUAAAUAUUCUUCUUUUUUCACAAUGUUCUAAUGCAGCAAUUAUAUGGAAUGUUGCUAAACAACAAGCAGAAAAGAAGAUUACAGAACAGUUUAAACUUGCAUCACAUUCAAACUUUUUUUUAAGACCAAGUUGGUCACCAGAAGGAACACAAUUAGUAAUGGUUGGAGCUAUUUCACAAAAGAGAUAUGUUGCAUGUGUUACACAUAGAGAAAUGAAUGAUGUAAUAUCAUUUCAAGGACAUAAAAAUGAAGUUGUUUGUUGUAGGUUUUCACCAUGCUUAUAUAAAUCAGUAAAUUUUGAUGGAAAGAAACGAGCGUUUAGUUGUUUUGUUAUUGGGGGAUUAGAUAAUUCACUAAGUGUUUGGGUUGCAAGAAAACAAAACCAGGUAUGUCAUUUCUUAAAUGUGUUUAAGGGAUGUAUUCAAGAUAUUACUUGGUUACCUGGAGGAUUAAGAAUGAUGGCUUGUUCAGUUGAUGGAUUUGUUGCAUAUUUUGAAUUUAAUGAGAAUGAAAUAGGAGGAGAAGUUCAAGGAGAAGAAUAUUUAAAUAAAACUAUUGAAAAAUAUAUGUUAAAUCAACAAUCAAUUAAAGAGCCAUUAAUUCCAAGUGGAGUAAAAAAACAAACCACACAAACUACACUUAAUUUUUCAGGUGGUAAACUUACAGUUGAAAGACCUGUAAAGAAAAGAGUUCAACCAGAACUUGUAACUGAACAACCACAAAAAGUUGAAUUAGAUGAAAAAAGUCAAUUAGAAAAGAAGUUAAUAGAAAGAGAAAAAUUAGAAGAAAAAGCAAAAGAAUUAAUUGAAUCAGAACGAAGAAGUGAAACAAGAAAAUCAUUAGUAGAAGAAAGUAAAAUUGAACGAGAAAAAAUGAAAGAAAGAAUAAAAGAACGAUGGAGUGAAGAAGAAAUAAAACCAAGAAAUGAGAGAUUAAGUGAAAAAAGAAAAAGAGAUAGAAAAGAUGAAAUACCUGAAGAUAAUGAAAUUAAAAAGAAAACAUGGCAAUUAAAAGAAUUAGAAAUAUGUGACAGUAUUAAAAAAAGUAUUAUGAUAAAUAAAGUUAUGUACGACAUUAUUGCAGAAAGAAAUAAUGGAGAAAAAAUUAUUACUACUAUUACAGAAGAACGGCAUCAUGAUAAAAAAAUAAUUUGGUCAACAAUUAUUCCAUUUAAAGUAAGAAGUAUUAUUGCAACUGAAACACAUGUUUUAAUUGUUAGUGAACAUGUAUUAUAUUUAUUAAAUGUAGACACUGGCAUUAUGGAAACUAAUCCUAUUGUUAUUACAUUUAAUUUACAUAAAGCAUUUUUAGAUGAAAAAGUAAUAUUAAUUGAUGUUAUGGGAAAUAUACAAGUAUUAGAUAAAGAAUUUAAAAAAAUAUAUAAUGGAAAUAUUAAAGAAUUAUUAACAACGUUUGAUUGUACAGAAGUUACAAAAGCUAUUGUUGUAAAAGGUGUUAUACAAAUAGAAAUUAAUGGAAUGUUUUUUGCAAUAGAUGGAGAUAAAUUUGUAUUAACUUCUAUGGGAAGAAUAAAACCAAAUUCAUCAUCCAUUGAAGAAAAAACAAUUCUAGAAUUAAAUAUUAGAAGUCAACUUAAAUAUGGUUUACAAAAUUCAUUUGAUGGAUUAGUUAAUUCAUUUUUAUCUAUUUGUAAUACAUCAAAAGAUACAAUUAGAAUCAAGGCAUUACAUGAUACGUUAUUUGAAUUAACAAAAACACUUCCAAAUAACUCAUCAUUAAAAAAUAAAUUUAUUGGAUUAACUGAAAGAAUUACAGAAAUAUUUAUUACAAUGAAACCCUAA